AUGGGAACGCUCCCGGAACGUAGAAAUAUCCCACCGUGGGUGAAAGGUCCCGAAGACCUGAAAGAUCCAGAAGUGUUCCAGCUCCAGACGUGGCUGCUGGAAGCCAUGUUCGGCCGGGACGGAUUUCGAAUCCGUUACAUCGAGCAGGUGAGCAAGGCCAUGCUCGAGCUGAAGGCUCUGGAGUCUCCAGAUUUCACCAAGGUCGUGGUUUACAGCUCCUAUAUACACAAACUUUGGGCCAAGCGGAUACUCCAGUCUAUGGUUGAGUGGCACUACCAGCACCAGGAAUGACGGAUGCUCA